CUCCUCACUACUAGGAGGUUAGUUGCUGCACACAGGAGGAGAAACGACUGGAAACUAUCUUUCGUCUCCUUGUGACUAAAAGUGGAGGUUUCUCUGGGCGAAGCUGCAGAUAUAAUGUCGUCUUGGGCGAAGUCGUCUGCGGCCGCCCGGCGAACAGCGGCGAACCCAAACGGGAGCGCUCAACAGCUGCGUCUGUUCCGGAGAGCAGCGCCGUAUCCCUCCAGAGAGGAGAGGGCCGAGGAGCUGAAGGAUGCGCUGGACAGUUAUGAAGAGUUGGAGCAAAUUAAAAACUACAGUGGAGGUGUGAAGUUCGAGGGAUUCAAGCAUCAGACAAAUGCCAAACCAGCUAAGCCAGCCAAGUCGGAGGGCUCCACUCUGGCGGACAGGCGGAAAGCUCUGUAUCAGAAGUUUUACAGACAGGUGCAGGAGGAGAGGAAGCCGGCUGACUGCGUCGUGCUUUCUGUCACAAACCGGUGCAUGGAUUACCCCAAAUCGCUAAGCCAGUGCUUGCAGGAGCGUGGCCUGUCAGUGGAAAUGCUCUACCUUCAGGCGGAGUCGGGCCUGACCCGGGCUCUGCAGGACAUCCGCGCAGACGGCUCCCCGUUAUGUAUUCUGGUGGAGCAGACAAACGUAGCUCUGUCCUCCUGCACUGUUAUCAUAUUCUCAGAAUCCCUCAAAAUCCAUCGCAACAUGCCCAAAGACCAGGCCAUGGACUUUGUCGUGGCCGAGCACAGUCGUGGACUUGCCAAAGAGCGGCCGUCGCGGGACCCCGCAGACAGCGCGGCUCAGGCAUCACAGCUGCUGGAUGACUUUCUGGAACGGGAGAAGAUCGAGCGCCACACUGUUCCCUCUGAAACCCGCCAGCUCAUCACGCUGUUAGCCGAGGGGGUGCAUCUCUACCCCGAGGAGCUGGAAACCAUCGCGGAGUAUGUGCGCUCCCGGCAGCAGCACACACAAGCCACCAACACUGAGGGGGAGAGGGAUAACAUGUUACCUCCAGGACUGGGGAAACCGCCUCCUCUGCUCCCCACUCCACCCGGCCCCCCUCAGCUUCAGUCCGCAGGCGGGCCCAUGAUGGAGCCCCACCCACCCCCCACACCACUCCUGCCUUCACCAGGCUCUUAUCCCAAAACCAAACCUCCACCACUACUGUCCUUGCAUGGACCUCCUUGUCCGCCACUAGGGGCCUCACCUUUACGAGGCCCCUAUGGUGCCCCCCCUCUGCCACGUGGGCCCCUACUUCAGACUCCAUUCCACCUGGGGCCCUUAGGCCCCAGGGGCCCUCCCCUUAUUAGAGGAGCCCCGCCUUCUCUAAAGAGUUCCCGCCCUCCACUUCUCGCUUCUCCAGGCCCCCCGCUUCUACUUCCACGACCGGGCGGCCCCCGACACUGAGGACAGACAUUCGUCCACUCUCUCUCACACACAAACACACACACACACACACACACUGUAACAGGAUACAAGUGGCAGCAGUGUUUUGAACAUUUCAUCGAACUCGAGAAGCAAACACUCCUGACGUCUGUGUGGGAAACCUGCUCUGACUCUUUUUAUGAAGAAAAGAAGUGACCCACGAUCAGUAAGAUGCAAAAGGUGGAAGUUGGUGUUCGAUAUUAUCUUCUUUUGGAUGGAUUGACGGCAUCAUUGAGUAUUCUCAUGACUGAUCUUUGUCUUCGCAAAGAUCCCGGUCUUCAUGUUUUUUUCUUUUUAAUGCACUGUGUUUUUCACCGUCGUCUCAUUAAAUCAUGUUUUCUACUUCCAGUUUGCCUUUUUAGACUCCUUAAAGUUGGUGUAGGCUGCAAGCUGUCCGGGACAAACAUUGAUCUUCUGAGUUACUUAAUUGCACAAAAGACGCUGGUCACCGAUGGACAGCGGGGUUAUUGGUUUUAUUUUUCUGUAUAUAAUGAAUAUAGCGAUCAGCCUUCCUGCUGCAUAGUGUUUCGAGAUGGUGCUGAAGAUUUCACAAAGAAAUGUUCUGUUGACGUAAGAAGUCCAAUUAAAAGUUUGUUUUUA